AUGAACGUCACCGAGUUGUAUGAUUACUACGAUCCUGACUCGUACUCUAACUUCACUGCGCCUGUCUUCCACACGACGGAUCUGCAGCUGACCCCAGUCCUGUGGGCGUCUCUGGUUCUCUACUCCCUCGUCUUCCUGCUGGGCGUGCCGGGGAACGCGGCUGUCAUCUGGGUGAUCGGCUACGGGAUGAAGCGCACGGUGAACACCGUCUGGUUCCUCAACCUGGCGGUGGCCGACCUACUAUGCUGCCUGGCGCUGCCGUUUCUGGCCGUGCCCGUGGCCCGCGGCAACCGCUGGGAGCUGGGUGACUUCGCCUGCAAGCUGCUCCCAUCCCUCACCAUCCUGAACAUGUUUGCCAGCGUCCUGCUCCUGACGGCCAUCAGCGUGGACCGCUGCGCCCUGGUGACCAGGCCCGUCUGGUGCCAGAACCACCGCACGACCCGGGUGGCCUGGGGCGUGAGUGGGGCAGCCUGGCUCCUGGCUCUGCUCAUGACCCUCCCAACCUUCAUCUUCCGGAAGACGCACGCCGAAGCGUUCUCAGACAAAGUGAUGUGUGUCCUGGAGUACGCUCAAGUGUCCAGUUACCAGACCGCCGUUGAGGUGUCCGUCGCUUCCUUCCGCUUCGCCGCCGGCUUCCUGGUCCCCUUCGUGGUGAUCGCCACCUGCUACGGCCUGGUCCUGGCCCGUGUCCAGGGUAGCUGCUUGGUCCGAUGGCACAGGCCCACGGUGGUCGUGCUGGUAGUGAUCGUCGGCUUCUUUGCCUGCUGGCUGCCCUACCACGUGGUGGGGCUGAUCCUGGCCGCCCACGCCCCCAGUGCCCGUCUGUACAAGCUGGCAGAUGCCACCCAGCCCCUCGUCGUCAGCCUGGCCUACGUCAACAGCUGCCUCAACCCCAUCAUCUACGUGGGGAUGAGCCGGGGCUUCCUGCAAAGCCGCCUGGCUGACAUCCUCCAGGAGGAGGAGGCAGACCUAGGGGAUGAGGCCCAGGCUCAGCUCACCUCCACAAGCAGCGGGCAGGUUUAG